GAGAUGGACGUGGAACUUUAGUAGAAUGUAAAUUGUGUAAAACUAGUGAACCCAGAAACAGAAUGUAUAACCUAGAGAGUAUAUCAGAAGAAUUGUGGUUUUGUGACCUAGAGCAUCUAUAUGCUUACAAAGCUAGUACUGAUGUUCUUUAUAACCCUAACUACAACUUGUGGACCAGAAUUAGACAUUAUACUGAGUCCAACCAGAGUGCUGGUUCUCAGUAUAACAUGAAUCAGACCC